AAAUCACAAAGAUCACUUAUUUUGAAACAAAAUAAAAAAUCUAAAACACCAUUUAUUUAAAAACUGAGGGAGAAUUAACUUUUGGCAUAAUAAAGUUGUAAGAAAUGGAUGCAAGCGCCAAACAAGCAAAUGUUGCGGCCAUUUUCUAAACUUGUUCAUGCUGUAGUAAAACCCAAUUCCAAUAACUCCCAUUACAACUAUCACAACUCCAGUUUUCAACUAGAAGACUCAUUUUUAGCUUUGCUUAAAAAAUGUUCCCACAAAAAUCACAUUUAUCAAACACAUGGCUUUAUGAUACAUCGGGCUUUAGAUCAAGACAACUUCAUUCUCAGCCAAUUUUUCCACACAUGUUCCACCCUUGGCUUUGUCAACUAUGCAUAUUCAAUUUUCACUUCAAACCCCAAUCCGAACAUAUAUCUUUACAAUACUAUGAUCAGUAUUUUCUCUAAACAACAGCAUUUAUUUAAGGAUGCUAUUUUCCUUUAUAGACAAGCUAGAGCUAUUGGCUUAUAUCAUGAUACUUACUCUAUCCCUUUUGUGUUAAAUGCAGUAACUUGUCUUAUCACCGUUAGGCAAAUUCAUUGUGAAGCUAUUUUAACUGGAUUGAACAAUGAUGUACAUGUAGCAACUUCUGUUGUACGGGCGUAUUCUUCUUUUGGGUGCGUAUCUGAUGCACGUAAGGUGUUCGAUAAAAUGCCUGACAGAAAUGUGGGCUUGUGGAAUGCUGUGAUUGCGGGUUAUGUUAAGGCUCGUGAUAUGGAUACCGCGAAGUACUUGUUUGAUGAUAUGGGUGAGAAGAAUGUGGUUUCUUGGACUACUAUGAUUGCGGGGUACGCUCAGGGGAAUCAGUUUUCUCAAGCUAUUGGUGUUUUUCGGAAAAUGAUGGAAGUUGGCGCGAAGCCUGAUGAAGUAACGAUGUUAGCUGUGCUUUCGGCUUGUGCUCACUUGGGUGAGGUUGAGUUGGGUGAAUGGAUACAUAGUUAUGUUAUAAAACACAGGUUACGCAGAACUGUGUCUCUUAAUAAUACACUUGUUGAUGUGUAUGCAAAAUCGGGGAAUGUAAAGAAGGCGGUUGAGUUGUUCGAGAGCAUGGAAAUGAGGAGUGUUGUUACUUGGUCGACAGUGAUUUCUGCGUUGGCUGUUAACGGAUAUGGAAGAGAAGCGCUUAACAUGUUUUCGCGAAUGGAAAUGGUUGGGAUUAGGCCGAAUAGUGUUAC